CACCGUAAAUGGCAUUUCGUAGGGUUUUACUCUCUCACCUCCGCCGAUCUCGUCACACUUACUCCUCUCUCUCUCCUCACCAUGUCUCCGCUCCGGCACAACCGUCGAUCUCUCUCGGUCUUUUCCAAUCCCGAUUCUUUUCCACUCCCUCUGACAUGGACUCUGAGCUGACUCGACUCAGAGACGAUUCAAUCGAUGGAUUUGUAAGCAAUGGUCAUGGAUUAGAGUUCGGCGACUUAAGCAAUGAUUUGAUCGGAGCUAGUGUGUCAAACUUUGAUUACUUGACUCGACCUGUGAUCUCGUUGCUUGAUUCAUACCAUGACCUUACUGGAUUGCCUUGGUGGGUAGUGAUUGCUUCGUCUACUGUGGCUUUCAGAACAGCUUUGCUUCCUGUACUGAUUCUGCAGCGCAAGCAAACUAAACGGAUUUCACAGUUCUUACCUAAGUUACCGCCUUUCUGGCCUCCACAGGGUUCAGGAAGGAGUGUUAUUGAUCAAUGGAAGCUUUUCAGGAAGGAAAGAAAGGCUAUUGGGUGCCCUUCGGUUUUGUGGGUUCCUGCUUAUUUCUCCAUCCAGAUUUCAUGUUUUUUCUUGUGGAUAACUAGCAUAAGAAGAAUGUCACUUAAUCAUCAUCCUGGAUUUGAUUCGGGAGGAGCUUUAUGGUUCCAGAAUUUGACUGAAAUUCCCAAUGGUCUUUAUGGUCCACUUUUCCCCUUUUUAAUUGCUGGUUUGCAUUACACAAACACACAGAUAACUUUGACAGCAUCUUCAGUUAACAAAGUUGAAAACCUCGCGGAAUUGGCAAAAGCUUUCAAGACAUUUCUUAAUUUUUUGACAGUUGCUCUUUAUUUUCUUUCAUUCCAAAUGCCUCAGGGUAGUCUGCUCUACUGGGCUACCAAUUUGUCAUUCAGCAUAGCUCAGCAAUCAAUCCUUAACCAUCCUGUUGUCAGUGCUAAGUUGGGUAUACAAGGAAAAGACAAUGUUCAUAAAGAGGCUGGAAAUCCUAUAUUGACAAACAUUAAUGAAGCGCAACACACUGAUUCAUCCUCGAAAGGACGCUUGGUCUCAGUGCAUAACUUAACCCCUAAAGAGUUGGUUGCUCUUUCUGCCAAAUACUUGUCCGGAGGGCACAAAGAAAAAUCAAUUCCGCUAUUAAGAUUGGCGUUAGAAAAGGAUCCAGAAUAUCUUCAAGCUAUGGUUAUUCUUGGCCAGGCUUUAUAUCAGAAAGACCAGUUCGCUGAAGCUGCUAAGUAUUUAGAGCAGGCUGCUUCAAAGCUUCUUGAUGCCUGUCCAACAGAAGUUGAAGAAGUGGAUCUUUUAAUUGUUGCAUCUCAGUGGGCAGGUGUAUCCAACAUUCGCCAGGGAAAGACAUCAGAAGGAAUCACACACCUUGAAAGAGUAGCAAACAUGGAAGAGCCUAACGACCCCAAGAGCAAAGCUCAUUACUUGGACGCAUUGGUUCUCUACUCAAGUGCUAUAUUCAACGAAGGAAGGAGAGAGGAAGCUGCAAAGUAUUUGAGAAGAGUGGUGGCUUAUGAUCCAUCCUUCAGUGAAUUAUUGAAACAAUGCGAAGAAGAUGAUACCAUUCUCACUUCUUCUUCAUCUGAUUCUACCCACAAAACUUCAUAACUUUUGUUUUUUUCUCUCUAUGUUUUCUUUCCUUCCAUCCUUUACUGAUUUUAUUUUGGGGUUGCACCAUUUAUUCUUAUUUUUCUUUUUCUUAACCAUAUGUAGAAUUUUACCGGCUCACAUACCAUGUAAUAGCAAAAAUAAGAUCAUACUCGGUAUAUAUCAAUGUAGACAUUUCAAUAAUAAAGGGUUUGGUACCAA